AUGGAGGUCAAUAUGAUUCGUUGCAAAAAUUGGUUUUGCGCUCGCAGCAAUAACAAUGACUAUGCUGAGGUUCUAUUUGGUGAUAGCAAAUCCACAACACAAACUACAGCCGCAACAGCAACAACAACAACGGACACAACGACAACGUCCAACGUUGUGCGACAACAACAGCCGGCUAAUGGUAAACUAAGUGGAGCAGCAACAACAAUUGGCAAUAAUACAGCAGCAGCACAUGCAAUGCACAAUACAACAGCGACAACAGCAACUAUGGCUGCCUCAACAGGCGCUGCAGGAACCACAACAGCGAGUACAACGAGUGUCAACAAUAAUUGUAGUAGUGGUGCUGCUGGCUCAAGUGCCAAUACUGCUGGUUCGGGUUCACAUGUGGUUACAUUCUUGGAUGAUGUACCCAGUGGCAGUAAUGGUGUCGUUAAUACGACUACACGUUUAAUGAACAACAGCGAUCUGCAACAGCAGCAACAGCACUAUUAUGAUCAUCAUACGUCUGACGAUUUGGAUGCCUUAGAUACGGAUGAUUUUUUAGCCAAUCAUGUUGUCAGUUCGGCCAUGCUGUGUGAUGAUACACUACCAACUUCGAAAAACUGUUACCGUCUUGUGAUACUGGGCUCUUCACGUGUGGGCAAAUCAUCAAUAGUGGCACGUUUUUUGGGUAAUCGCUUUGACGAAGCUUAUACACCAACUAUUGAGGAUUUCCAUCGUAAAUUGUAUCGUAUACGUAAUGAGGUCUAUCAAUUAGAUAUUCUAGACACAUCUGGUCAUCAUCCUUUUCCAGCAAUGCGUCGUUUAUCCUUUCUGACGGGCGAUAUAUUCAUAUUGGUGUUCAGCAUGGAUUCUAGAGAGUCCUUCGAAGAGGUGGUACGUUUAAGAGAAAACAUACUGGAAACAAAAUGGGCAGCUCUUAAUCCAGGAUCGGGUUUCAAAAAGAAGGCUCUGCCCAAAAUACCAAUGAUACUGGCGGGCAAUAAAUGUGAUAAAGAACAAAGAACUGUACAAUUGGACGAAAUAAUGGGCUACAUUGCAGGACAAGACAAUUGCUGUGUCUUUGUUGAAUGUUCGGCUAAACAAAAUUUUCGAAUUGAUGAUCUUUUCUAUGCGCUUUUUACCGCCUCUAAUUUACCCCUCGAAAUGGCACCCAAUCACCAUCGCCGAGUUGUAACCGUAUUUGGAGCACCCUCACCACUUCCGCCACACUCAUCGACGGGUGGUUCGAAAAAGAAUGCCCUCUCCAUUAAGAGACGUUUUAGUGAUGCUUGUGGUGUGGUUACACCCAAUGCACGAAGGCCCAGCAUACGAACAGAUUUGAAUUUAAUGCGCUCCAAGACUAUGCAAAUGAGUGAAGGUGAUGGCAGUGUGGCACGUAAAAAAUGUGUAAUUAUGUAAAUUUCGUUUAACUAUAACAAAAAAAAACAAGAAUUAAACUCUAAUUAAAUAAAAACCAAAACC